AUGCACCGCUUGUUCCGGAAGGACAGAACAAGUCCGUCGCGACAGGAGCCGCCACCAAGCCGCACCUCCGAGAGCGCGGUCUCCCCAGCGCGCAGCUCCGCUAGCGAUUCCGACGCCUCUAAGAAGCUUGCGAUCCGCGACUUGGACGCCGAGCCAUCGGCGGCGGCUUCUGCGGUGACGGCCCUCCUCGCACUCGUCGAGUCGCAGGACCACUUCCCUCUCACGCGCAGUGAGGCUGCCGACGUGGUCAAGCGCUGUUCGGCCCGCGUCUCGAGCGCGCUCCGCAACACGAUCGAGAGCGCCGAGAAGGCGAAAGGAAAGCCCUCGAUCUUUACGUCUGCAUCGCCACCGCGCGCCUUGUGGUGUCUGCCUGCCACGAGCGUAUCCCUUGCGCUGCAAGCCAUGCAACUUUUGUCCCUCGCGAUCCGCGACGAAGCGAAUGCGCUGCUUGUCCUGGACGAGAAGCUCGGCCGGCGGCUCGUGGCCUGUCUCGACAUUGCGCUGCAUGCGUCGAAGAGCUCGGACGCAGAGGCGCGCACACGAGCGAUCGAGAGCAUGGCCCAUCUCCUCAGCGUACUCGUCACCUAUGCGCCAAUUGUCGCCGACCUGGCGGAGAAGGACCAGCUCGUGUCGUUGUACCACAUGUGCAGCACAACGCUUGAGAACGCGAAGGUGCUGCACACGGUGCUCUUGCAGCUACCCAAGGCCAUUGCCGGACCGCACGCGAAGAGCAUCGUUGCGCACCUUUGCAGCCGCGACGUGCUUCUCAUUCUGCUCGAGCAAAUGGCCGUCGUCGAUGCCUGUGACGCCAGCGGGAUCCUUCACGUGGUCGCUGCACACCUUCAGCAUGCGGCCAGGCAGAACCUCUCGGCACUGCACGCGCAACUAUUAAGCCGACAACGCUACGAGGCUCUACUACCGUUUCUCGUGACGUGGCUGACCGCCCAAGCCACGACGGGUUUGACGGAGCAGACGUUCGACUUGAUCCAUAGCCUCCAAGAGCUCUUGGCAUCCGGCAACGAGACUCCUGGUGAGCAUUACACGGCCAAGGUCAAGGAGACGCUCACGAUCUUCCAGCCGACGCGACGGUCCGUCUGCACGUGCAACGCCGCCGUCCUCGACGUCGUCACCAAGCUUAUCUACCGUCUCCAGCAACCGCUUGGAGCGUCCCUGACGUCGUACGAAGAACUCGUGCAGUGCCAGCUCGUCCACACCGUCGGACACGUCCUCGCGCAAGACGCGAGCCACUACCUCGUGGCUUCGGAGGCUGGUCUUCUCGAAGGCUUCUUGCAGCGGCUCGAAGAGUUCUCGGACGUUGUCAAGCUCGCGAUCGGGUCUGUGAUUAGCUCGGUGGCCAUCGAGGCGGGUGUCGUGCCGAUGCUGGAGCUACGGCGCAUGCAGCGCCUCCUCGAUAUGCGCACGUUCUCGUAUGCCAGCGUGCACAUGCUGCUCGUGCUGCUCGCCAACCUCGUCCGCUUCGAUACCGAGUACCUCGACGUGCUGCGCACCGUGCGGCUCACACAGACGCUCUACAACAUGUUUGUCGAAGGCGCGCAGUCGACGUUCCGAUACGCGUGGCCGACCGGCGAUGGCCUUGCGACCGAGUGCACGGCGGCCGCACUGGAUGCGAUUUUGGUGUCGCAUACCGAGCUCUUGGCGACCGAAGACGACGACGACGAGGCAUCGAGUGACGUCGGCGCGUCGAUAGUUGCCCAUGACCAUAACGUGCCGCUGAUGUUUGAGCUCCUCUCGGCGUCGAUGGUCCAGAACGAAGGCUUCUGGACGCGCGACCUCCUCGAUGCCAUGUCGACGUGGAUCUUUGUUCCCGCCCAUCGGCAUCCCUGUGUGUUUUUGUGGGCGACUCUCCUGCGAGCGACCGCGCAGACGCAGCCAACGGCCGUCUUUACGACCGACGUUCUCAACUGGGGUCUCCAAGCAAUGCGUAAGACGCUGGUGUCGCCGACACCCGACUGGCACCUCGUCGUGCUGCUCUUAACGUACAUGGCGACGCUACAGAGCCCGCCAAGCACGGGGUUGCGGCCCUGGGACUUUGCACAUGUGACGGAGCACAUGGUUGCGCCGUUGCCGACGCCGAAUGCACUGGCAUCGAUACUCCUCGCGUGCGAUGCAGAUGUUGUCUUGGCGACCGUGCUCUUAGUGCUGAGUCGGUCGCCGCCGACAGACCCGCCGCUCACCCUCCACGUGGUUGACGCGCUCUUUUGCCUCGUGCAAACGUCCAGUCUCCAAAGCGACGUGUUUCGAGACGGUGUCCACCGACGCAUUCCGUGGUCAUUUCACGGGCGCCUUCUCGUCUCCUUGGUCGCGUCGACGGCGGCGCCCGACCAAGCGGCGCUGGCACAGACCGUUUGCUGGUACGUGGCCGCGCUCGCCGUCGACGUCGCGCCCGCGACGCUGCAGUCGCCCGGAGGCCAUAAGAAUCUGCGCCUCGUCCACCCCGAAGCCAUCGUCGGACUGCUCCAGCUCCUGCAGACGUGGUCGGCUUAUCUACGCGACGAUGUCAUCGACCAGCUCGUCGACUACCUCCACGCCGUGACGGCCUCGUCGGACCACAUUGCCCGCCUCGUGGACGCCGGGGCGCUGGAAGCCAUGUUGCGUGCUUAUUUUCCAAUGCCGCGGGACGCGUUUCGGCCAAUGGGCGACCUCUUGGUGCACAUGGCCCAAGUGCGGCUCGGGCCGCGGGACCUGCGGACGUGGGUCGAGUGUAUCUUGUCGGACGCGUGUCCGUCGCUGCUACCGCGGCUGCUCGCCUCGUAUCCGUGCGACGACGACGUUCUGAGCACAGCGACGAAUCUGCCUCGGUUUGAGCUGCACCUCGACGGCAACGGGUAUGCGCAGUACACCGUCGAGGUUCUUCCAGGCGCCGCAUGGCCGCCCCAAGAUGGCUACACAAUUUCCAGCUGGGUCUACAUAUCCGAGGCGUGCGAAGCCCACAGCGACGUUGAGAAGCUGUACCACCAACUCACGCAGCGCGACACGUGCAUCAUGUGUAUGGCCGUGUACGCGUCGCCCGUGCCGCUCAAGUGCUCGCACGUCGCGUGUCGUGCCUGUGUCCAGCGCCUUGCCGACUUUGGCGGCGCCUGCGUUGUCUGCAAUGCGCCGUCGCUGUACCUCUGGAGUCUUCGGUCGGCCGAUGGUCGAUCGGUCGUCGAUGUCUUCCUCAAAGGCACCAAGCUCUUCAUGAAGACGAAUGCGGCCAAACAUCCGACGCCGUUCCAGCACCCGCCACUGCUGGAGAAGCGCUGGUAUCACAUCGCACUCGUGCACGCACACCAGCGGUUCCAGUUCCAGUCGGGCUCGGCCGUCUCGCUCUACAUUCAAGGCAGCGUCCAGGAAACCACAAAACUCUCGUUUCCCGUCGCGUCGCCUUCUGCGUUCUCUGGUUUCUUUGGCGUCCCGAGUGCGACGCGCCGGCCAUCCAAGGGCAAGUGGUGCCUCGGUCCGACGUACGUCAUCGAAGAGCCGCUUGCACCAGGGACCAUCGCGGCCCUCUACGCCACGGGACCGCAGUACGACCAGCUCUUUUCGGCGCCGAUGGCAACGGGACGCUGCCCGUCGCGCUCGAUGGUGGCGCCGUCUCCUCCGCAUCCACGUUCCUUGACGUGGUGGCCUCGACCGUGGGUCAGUCUCUGCUGCAUCGACCCGGUGCUGGCGCCCGCGGCCCUCCCGACGCACUCGGUCCUCAUCGGCGCCGACAAGAUCUUGUUUGCUUACUCGCCCCGCAACGCGAUAGGCGCAUCGACGCUAUGCAAUACGAGUCGACAAGGGCUUCCACAUGCUCAUGCAUCGGGCGGCGCCACGGCUGUGGACCCGACCUUGCUGCCGGAGGCGGCCUUUCAGCUGUGUGGCGCCGGUGCCAAGCUCGCGUACGUGCUGCUCGAGCACGCGCGGACGAUUGAAAGCGUCGACGCGAGCCUCCAGCUGCUUCUUGCGCUCACCCGCGGCCACCGCGUGCACUUGGCGGGCGUCGAGCGCGAGUCGGGCUACGAGAUUGUGAAUUUUCUCUUGCGCCAGAAAAGCCACUUGCUCUCGCAGCGAGCGCUUUCGACGCUCUUCCGCGUCGUGCAAGGCGACGUCUUCAACUGCGCGGCGCUGCAGCACUGGAUCCUCGACGUCUCGAUUUGGCUGCCGACGGCCGCAAACGUGCAGCGCGCGCUGUGUGCGACCUUGUACCAGCUGCUCUUAGUGGCCACGAGUGUCGACAAGAAGAAGCUUCAGAGCAUCAAUAUUGUGCGGCAGCUCCUCGAUGUCUUCUUGCUCGGGAAUCUCUGUCUCGAGCUCGCGUCGGUCUUCGCCGACCUCGUUCUCGUCUGCCUCGACACGCUCGCGACCGACGCCAACUACGUCGACGUGUCGCUCUUCUUGGCGUCGCUCAUGUCGUCCAACUUCCGGUUCGUCACACACGACGCAGCAGUCGCCUCGGUGCCCAAGCAGCUCGACCGGUGGGGCUUGAGUCCACGGGGUCGGUCGCGCCAUGCGAUUGCGGCUGUGCCUGACCGUGCGCUGCACCGCCAAGCGCACCUUCGCGAGCUCCUCUUGAGUAUCGUCAUCAAGGCCGUGCAAAAGCAAGACGUGAAACUCACCAAGCUCCAGGCCGCCGAUGCCUCGCCGAGGAGCAGCAGUACCAACGCACCGACGAUGCUGCCCCGACCAAAGAUCCAAGGCGCGCGCAAAUUGCUGACGCCGGCGUGGCUCGGACUCUUUUUGUACCCGUCCCAGCUACCCCAGCUGCCGCUCGUGGCCGCAAGCCCGAACACGGUGCUCUUGGGGUUGCAGCUUCUCGGGGUGCUGCUCACCAAUCAAGCCUACGAAGUCAGCUUCAAGCACAAGGGCUUGUACAAAGUGCUCGCGUCCGCGCUGCCGGCCUCGGACCACGCGGGAUUUCCCUUUGAAGCCAUGUACUUUUCACUGCUUUGCCUUGUGCUCGGGCCGCCCGUGGACGGCUGGCCGCACAACAAGGUCGACCGCAUCGUGCUCAACGUGGCGCACUUGACGCACGACUUUGCGCCCAACAUUGCGUCCAACGUUGUCAAGAACCACAGUAUGGUGACCGUGCUUCUCGCCGUCGUGCGUCGCGGGUACGGCAGUGUACCAUCGAUCGAGCCCGACAUUUUGCACCUCGAAGUGCUCCGGUUUGUACGGUACCUCUACGAGACGAUGCCCGCGUUUGCGGAUGUGAUCGACACGUCACUGCACCGCGACUUGGCGACGCUCAUUGCGGCCGUCGUGAUGUCGUCGUCCGCACAUUCCUUUGCGCACCCCGUGGCGGCCGCGGCCUUGGAUCUGCUCGUCGAGUCGCUCACGAUGCUUUGCGUGACGACGCUCACGGGCCUAAACGUCGCGAAGAGCGUGGUUGCCGGCAGCAACACCGGCAGCCUCUCGGACGCGACGUUUGCCGAGUUUCAGAGCCUCGUCCUCGUCAUGAUGCUCAAGCGCGUCAAGGACAAGCUGUCGACGCAAGAGUUUUGGCUGCCAGGCUCCGUGUGCAUCAUCGACAACAUUGGCGGGCUCUGUCUGCUCGCGCUGUCGCGGAUCCAGUGCUGGCAAACCGCGCAGCCGGGUAUUCCGGCCCCGUGCGGUCCGACCUUUUGCGCCAAUGGCCCGAGUGCGAUCAUGGACCUCGUGCUCUACCUUGUCUGCGAGACACCUGUCGGGACGAGCGCGUCCAAAGCGUCGUUCCAGCCGCCGUCGCAAGACAAGAAGAAGCGCCAGCUGCGGCAGUUUCUCGGGACGAUUGGCGUCAACCUCGCGCGCACGGCGUUUGAGACUGACCCGUUCAUGGAAGCCAUGUUUGCGAGUCUCAACGGCGUGGUGCUCCAUGUACUCGCGGUCCACGAGACAGAGAGCGUCCGCGCGAUGUUGCAGCGGCUGCACCGACAGCGCGAGGUCCUGCUCGGGUCGCGCAACGGCGACAAGGCGUUUUUCCGGUGUCUCUGCCGGCACCUCUUGCAGUGGCUGCUUCAGAGCACCGACGAGCUGCGCGACGCGUCGAUCGCACUGUGGAUCGAUUUGCUCUACUUUCAGAAAGCGCUGCUCUCGGAGAUGCUCACCGUGACGCUCAAAGUGCAAAACAAUGCAGGAUAUGCGAUCAACCUUGUCAAGAACGGGUUUGAUAUGCUGCUGACGUUGCCCAAACACGAGUUUCUCAAGUGGCUCGAGCUGGUCGGGCCGCCGCUCAAGCAGCUCGAGGCGAAUUUGGACGCGAGCUACGUGCUCUGGGUCGAGCGCACGCGCAAGGAUGUGAGCAAGGAGUGGGCGACGUACUUUGCCGAGAAGCGCAAACCGAUCGACGACAAGGCCUUUCUGGCGACCAAGUGCAAGGAGCAAGCGUUGGAGCUCCACGAUCCGUGUCGCCGCGAGAUCCAGCGCCAAGCGCGGUCCCAAGCCGACUUGAAGGACCGGGAUCUCUUUGGGAAGCGGCAGUUUGUCAAGGCCGCGGCUGUGGUUGCGGGAAGCCACGACGAGGCGCAUCGACACACCAACCUCUUUGUACACGCGUCGCCAUCGAAAAAAGCGCUGCCGCCGACGCAGUGGUACCUCGAUCGCACGGAAGGCACGUACCGCAUGCGGAAGCGAUUGCUGGCGCUGCCCACGCCGCCGCCACGCCACCGAGUCCGAACGCGCCGACGGGCCUACUCGUGCAGCGAUCUCGGGCGUGUUCUUGGUGUGGGGCUUGACGUGCCACGACGCCCCGCGUCACCCAAGCAGGGCCGACUUCCGAGCUCCACGUCGCUUGUGCUGGACAAUGGCGAGUACGCUGGUGACGACGACGACGACGACCUCGGGUGGCACAAGUGGGUUCUACGCGACGACUCGGCGCUCGACGCCAAGCUGCGGCCGCUUUUACUGCCCGGCGACGACGUCAGCGACGAUAUUCACGACUGCCAGCGCGUGGAUGGUAUGGACAAGUGCCCGAGUGUGCUCCUCCUUGGGACGCAGCACGUGUACCUUGUCGACCACUUGCGUACGGACGGCGACUCGAAGCGCAAGGUCGUCGCGACCGGGGGCAGCCACGAGUGUCGUUUCUGGUCGUACGACGACAUUCUCGAGCUGCACAAGCGCCGGUACCUUUUGCAGCACGUGGCCAUCGAGCUCUUUGCGACCGACGGCCGCAACUACCUCAUUGCUUUCGAGUCGGGCCACCAACGGGAGCGGGUCUUUGCACUCAUUUGCGCCAAGUGUCCGAACGUCAAGGGUGCUGCGAGCGGCCUCGACCGCAACGCGACGAGCAGCGAGCUCUUGACCAAGCUCCUCGGCAACUCUCUCCUCGAGCGCUGGGUGCACGGCGACGUGACCAACUUUGAGUACCUCAUGCACCUCAACACGCUGGCGGGUCGGUCGUACAACGACUUGACGCAAUACCCCGUGUUUCCGUGGAUUCUCUGUGAUUAUACCUCGCCGACCAUUGAUCUCUCGGACCCGAGCGUGUACCGCGACUUGACCAAGCCCAUGGGUGCUCUGUACCGCGAGGAGGAGUUUCGGACGCGGUACGAGUCACUGGAAGACGGCGAUGUGCCGGCGUUCCACUAUGGCACGCACUACUCGUCGUCGGGCAUCGUGCUGCACUACCUCAUGCGCCUCGAGCCGUUCACGCGCGGCAUCCAGCAGCUCCAAGGCGGGCGCUUCGACCACGCGGACCGGCUCUUCGCAAGCAUCCCGAGCGCGUAUGCAUCCGCGUCCGGGUGUUCGCCGAGCAAGCACCAGAGCAGCAACACGCAGGACGUGAAGGAGCUCAUUCCCGAGUUCUUUUACCUGCCGUCGUUUCUCGAGAACCGCAACAAAAUUGACUUUGGCCGCGACCAGAGUGGCGUGCAUCUGAGUGCUGUGACGCUGCCGCCGUGGGCACACGGGUCGGCGGCCGAGUUUGUGCGCGUGAACCGUGCGGCGCUCGAGAGCCCGUUUGUGUCGUCGAUGCUGCACCACUGGAUCGACUUGAUCUUUGGUUUCAAGCAGCAAGGCGCCGCCGCGGUCGAGGCCUGCAACGUGUUUUACCACUUGACGUACGAAGGUGCGUUGGACCUCGAGACCAUCGCGGACCCGGCGCUCCGGGCCGCGUACCUCGACCAAAUCAACGAGUUUGGGCAGACGCCGUCGCAGCUCUUCAAGAUGCCGCACCCGCCGCGCGAGAAAGACAAGACUCUCUUCCGAACGCGCAUGCAGCGCACGUUUUUGAACCGAAGCGUGCUGGGGACCACGACGCCCGAGCAGCAGCCGUCGCCGUCGGACGCACCGACGCUGCCCACGUCCUUGUCGUGGCCCCUACUUAGCGACGUCAAGCCGAGCUUGCAGCCCGAGCUCAAGCGUGAAGGUAGCUACAACACCGUGGUCGAGUCGUUUCGCGAGCCCGAUGCCAAUGUUGUGUACACGGUGGGGCUCCGGGGCGCGCGCGUCGUCGUCGUGCCCAGCGACUGUCUCCUGCUGCCGCCGCCCGCCGACGCCCUCCUCUCGUCCGACGUCAAGUUUCUCGCGUGGCGCUGCCGAGAUCGGUCGCUGCGCCUCUUCUCGAUGGGCGAUAGUACCGGCGACACGCGACUCCUCACGGCGCUGGAGCUGCCCGACUUUUGCGCGUCCGGCGCGGUCGCCACGGCCGACGGCCGCACCAUCAUCACGAUCGAUGCGCGCGCACCGAUUCUGCACGUGUGGUUCUUCAAGGCCAAGGUGCACUUGACGCGGACCGGCGCGACGAUGCAGCUCCAAACGACGCUGACGGCGCCGCAGCACGGCCGGCGCAUCACGGCCGCCGCCGUCUCCCGCGCCUACUCCAUCCUCCUAUCGGGCUGCUCGUCGGGCCACGUUCUCUUGUGGGACCUCAACCGACUCGUGGUCGUCCGCAAAGUGCUCUCGGCACCGACGCCGAUCGUGGCGGUCGCUAUCCAGGACGUCGUCGGCGACGUCGUCGUCGCAUCGGCACACGCGUGGUACGUUGGCGACGUCAAUGGCAACGUGUACGCGUCGGCAGAGACGUCGGUGGCCAUUUCGGCGCUCGGCGUGAGCAGCCAUGACGCGGCCGCGUGGUCGGUCGAGACACUGCUCGUCACGGGGCACGUCGAUGGCACCGUGCGCCUCUGGUGCUACGGGCUCGGCCCGAGCGUGCUAAAGAGCAUUUGCGGCGCAUCCGGACCUCGAGUGACCAGCGUCGUGCUCUCGAAGGAUGCCAAGCGCGUCUACGCAGGUCACGCCGACGGCCGCGUCUACCUCUGGCGCCUCGAGCCCGACAUGCAAGGCUAGACUUUAUGCCACCACUACCAUCAAUACCAAUGACCUUGCCACUACAA